GAGAUUGGAGGGUGUCACUUCGUCGCUCUCGAGGCCGGCGUUUUAAACGCCCCCCCCACACGGCUCCUCGCUGCCGACACCUGUCCGGUUUCCUCUCCUCGCCUCGCCGCGGCGCCCGCGUCCUCCUCACCAACGCCAGAGCUCCACAUCCCACCUCUCCUCAGGUUCCCGUCUCUGAUCCCUCGUUGCGUUACGGGGAAGCAGGCGUGGUGGUUGCUCCCCGUGCGGAGUUUUCGAUUGGUUUGGUUGGGUGAGUUUGGUGCUGGGGUGUUGGGGAUUGGUUGGUUGGAGUUUGGAGAUGGAUUUUCCGGGAGGGAGCGGGAGGCAGCAGCAGCUGCCGCCGAUGACGCCGCUGCCGUUGGCGAGGCAGGGGUCGGUGUACUCGCUCACGUUCGACGAGUUCCAGAGCACGCUGGGCGGGGUCGGGAAGGACUUCGGGUCGAUGAACAUGGACGAGCUCCUCCGCAGCAUCUGGACGGCCGAGGAGUCGCACGCCGUCGGCGCCGCCACGACGACGACGGCGACGACGGCGUCCGUGGCGGCGGCGGAGCACGCGGCGGUGGGGGCGCCGCCCGUUCAGAGGCAGGGGUCGCUGACCCUCCCCCGCACGCUCAGCCAGAAGACCGUCGACGAGGUCUGGCGCGACAUGAUGUGCUUCGGUGGCGGCGGCGCCUCCACCGCGCCGGCCGCCGCGGAGCCCCCGCCGCCGGCGCACCGGCAGCAGACGCUCGGGGAGAUCACGCUGGAGGAGUUCCUCGUGCGGGCCGGCGUGGUGAGGGAGGACAUGUCGGUCCCGCCCGUCCCGCCGGCGCCGACUCCUACGGCGGCUGCUGUACCUCCCCCGCCGCCGCCGCAGCAGCAGACGCCGAUGUUGUUCGGUCAGAGCAAUGUGUUCCCUCCGAUGGUGCCUCCGCUCUCGCUGGGAAAUGGGCUGGUCUCGGGAGCUGUCGGACACGGCGGUGGUGGUGCCGCGUCGUUGGUUUCGCCGGUGAGGCCGGUCUCGUCCAAUGGCUUCGGCAAGAUGGAAGGCGGGGACCUGUCGUCGCUGUCGCCAUCGCCGGUGCCGUACGUUUUCAAAGGUGGGCUGAGGGGAAGGAAGGCACCGGGCAUCGAGAAGGUUGUCGAGAGAAGACAGCGGCGGAUGAUCAAGAACAGGGAGUCUGCCGCGAGGUCGCGCCAGAGGAAACAGGCAUAUAUGAUGGAAUUGGAAGCUGAGGUAGCAAAACUUAAGGAGCUGAACGAUGAACUCCAGAAAAAGCAGGAUGAAAUGUUGGAGCAGCAAAAGAAUGAGGUUCUAGAGAGAAUGAGCCGACAAGUUGGACCGACAGCAAAGAGAAUUUGCCUUCGGAGGACUCUGACGGGUCCAUGGUGAUCGAAGCUAAAGGCCUAGUUACCUGUAACUAGAACACAGUCCUUUCAAUGUGAGCAGUGAUCAUAGUAGUUGUAGGAUGGUGAAGCUGAAGACCUGGUUACCUGUAACUAGAACACAGUCCUUUCAAAGUGAGCAGUGAUUACAGUAGUAGUAGGAUGGUGAAGCUGCCAGUUACCUGUAACUAGAACACAGUCCUUUCAAAGUGAGUAUAGUAGUAGGUUAGUUCAGAAUCGCCAGAUCGAUCUGCCCUUGUAGGCCAACCAUUAGUCCGUGGGCUUGUCUCUUGGGCGGACAGGCUGCCUGAGAUAUUCACUCGAUAGGUUUUAGUUGUCUGAGUUAUAUCCAAGCAUUGUAUGUAACCUAUUUAACCAUGGUGCCUGCUACCUGUAUUGUAUUUUGCUGCUGUAGGAACCUAUGUCGGUGUUACCAUCUUGUUCUUAAUUUGUGUACUUCUCUUGCCAUUUUGGAUAAGAUGUAUCUGAACUUAUACAUAUGUACUUUUCCUUGCCAUUUUGGACAAGAUGUAUCUGAAUUUACAUGAACCCAUUUUGGACAACGUGUAUCUGAAUUUAUAUGAA